AUGUCUCAACGUCAGAAGAUUCCAUAUUACACACAGGAACAACACCAUGCCUACAAGAAGACCCAGGGCCUAGAGGUUGCACAGGUCUCCAAGGCUCUGGAGGAAACCCAUCUCGCCUCACAUCCUCUAAUGCCUGGAAAUUCAAAGGAGGCUCUGGCUGCUGGGACACCCAGUACCUCACAGAGUCCUCAGAGGGCCUACUCAUCUAACAGUGUCAUCACAGUCACCUCAUCAAGGAAAUCAGAUGAGCCUUCUGACAAACAAAGAAAGAAGAGAUGUUUAGCUUCUUCAAAAUCCCUGCCAGACAAUGACACUGAGGACUUGACUUUAGAGCCUUUAGAUGAGAAGGCAACUUUGCUGCUGCAGUUCCUGCUGCACAAGUAUCAGAUGAAUGAGCCCAUCACAAAGGCAGACAUGAUGGAUGCUGUUAUCAAGGAGGACAGGGAUGCCUUCCCUGAGAUCCUCAGGAGCGCCUCUGAGUACAUGGAGCUCGUCUUUGGCAUUAAGGUAGAGGAAGUGGACCGCACUGGCCACUGCUAUACCCUCGUCAACAAACUUGGCCUCACCUAUGAUCCAAGGCUGAAUGGUGAACAGGGCAUACCCAAGACCAGCCUCCUGAUGUUUAUCCUGGGCGUGAUCUUCAUCAGGGGCAAUCGUGCCACUGAGGAGGAGAUCUGGGGAGUGCUGAAUACGGCGGGCUUAUAUUCUGGGAAGGAGCACUCCAUUUUUGGAGAGCCCAGAAAAUUCAUCACCAAAGAGUUGGUGUGGGAAAAAUACCUGGAGUACCAGCAGGUGCCCAACAGUGAUCCUCCACGUUAUGAAUUCCUGUGGGGUCCAAGAGCUCACGCUGAAGCCAGCAAAAUGAAGUUGCUGGAGUUUUUGACCAAGAUCCAUCAGUCUGACCCCACCUGCUUCCCAUCCAAGUUUGAGGAGGCUUUGAGAAAUGAAGCAGAGAGAGGCUACACUAUAGCUGUAGCCAGGGCUGGCACCACUGCCGGGGCAGGGCAAGCUUCAGUGCCACACCCAGUAGAUCCUCCCACUGCUAAUGAAGUCUGA